UCUCCCAGAGGGAAUGGGGGGCCACACCCAGAAGAGGGUGGGCACAUGAGUGGGCCGCUACUCUCAGGAGCCAGCCUCCAGCACUCUCCCGCAGACCACUGUCAUCAAGGGGACACGGCAAGUGCUGGGGCAAAGAGCAGAGGGUCCCAAAGCCAGCAGCCCGUAUGUGUCCGGCUUGGUGCCGGGCACUCUACAGAUACUACUGCUUUCGGUACUCACAACCACCCUGCGUGCAGAUACUACUACUGCUAUAGCAUCAACAGUGCACCCGAGGCUUGAGGAACCGAGCCACUUGCCUGGAGUGACAUGCAGGUGGCAAAGCCAGCAUCCAAUCCCCUAACCCCACCUGUCUGGGUCUAAAGCCAGUGCUUUCAGCCUGAGCCUGACCUCUCCUAUUAAGGCCUGGCCAUGUUCCCAGGUGGGGGGAUCCCUGAGCCUCACCCUUCUCACUGUAAUUGAGCAGUGUCCCAGGUGGCUAGCCCCUCCUACCAUGACCCAGCUGUGUCUCAGGUGGGUGAUCCAGCAAUCUGGCAGGGCCUUGAUCUUCUAUGAUGAGACUGAGAGCUGCCACCUGUCAAAGUCUGAACUGCAAGUUCUUCCCUCCCCCUGCAUCCCCUAUCCACCAUGUGUUUUCUGCUGAGUCAACAUUGCACAUCAGCAAAGUUUCCUAAAAAUGGGAAGAAACCCUUGCAGGUGUAAGUUGGUAAAAGAGCUACGUGGUCUGUCUCAUGUCCCCACUCCCUGUGGGACGGGGCAAGAGGGGGCACAGCUAAAGGUGUCUGUCUGCAGAAGAAUGUCACCACACGUGGUGUACGCUCAGCUCCUCUCGCCACCAAGCAGGGAGCUCAGAUCAAGGUGCUCCUGAGCUGAGUCCCUGGCCUGUUCUGUGAGGAAGCUGCGCUUUUCAGUGCCAAAUGCCACUGUGAAAGACAGUAGCCCUGGAAGCAGGUCUGUCUGUGGAACUGUCCAGUCUCCAGCUGGGAAGUGAUCUCAGGUGUCGCCUGGGGCCCAGGGGCUCAGUCUGAGAUCUGUCGGGGGCAGCAAACCAAACGCAGCCCAGUGGCCAUUUACGGAAAAGAGGAUCCCAGGUACAGCAGGACGGGGGAAGCAGAGGGGGCGGCGGGGUUUGAGCUUGGGAAAGAAAAGCAAAGCAGAAGGAAGAAAGAGGAAGAGGAGGCUACGUGAAGGUGGGUGGCCCCACGGGAGUCCUGGCAGGGCACCCCCAGUGCAGGGUGACUUGGUCAGGUCAAGAGAGUCAAAAAUAGGUCUGUGAGUCAGAAAAGAAGAUCCAAGUCCCCUGAGAAGUGAAACUGCCCCUCUGGGUGGGGCAGAACGGCGCAGGUGAAUUCUGCAUGGGGUGGAGCUGUGGUUGAAGGCAAAGCGCAGGCCCACCCAGCACCCCACUUGCAAGGGUCCACUGGGUGGGGCAGAGAUGGUGCCUCUGUGACCCUGCUCUGCUGCCUGGGACUGGUGUGGCCUAUGAUCCUUUUUAGCCACUGUCACUAAGAAAGGAAACUCUGUGGCUUUGCAGUUGGCCAUCGGGUGGGAUCCUCCCUUAUCUUUCAGGGUAACACAGGGCUUCUCCCCUCACUGUCUACCUGAGAACAGCAAGAGCAGGUUCAGGCCAUGGGAUCAAAGCACGCAUCUUCCUAGAGCUGUCAGGGUUGUGGGAGUCUGGUGGUCGCAUCUGUGUGCAGCCCUUUUCUGGUAACGUCCCAGAUGCCAGUCUCCUGGUACUCGGAUCUCAAGUCUAAGAAGACAGUCUCCUAGCAUGCAGGUAAGAUGAACGUCUUUGGUGAUGAAGGUGAGCACAGGCAGGUACAUUAGCACCCCAUGGGCUCGUGGGCUCGUGAUCAUGGCCUUACUAAAAGAAAAUGCUAAAAUGCCGCCUCCCAAGCUGCCCUCCUGAGCCACCUCCUCCCCCAUGCCAGUUCCUCCUGCCGACUCCCCCAUGGCAGCAAAUGGCAAUCCUGCCAGUCCAGCACCUCAGGCUGAAAACUCUGGGGUCAUACGCACACUCCUCUGCACCCCACGUCUGGCCUUGCAGUACCCCUGUGACUCCCCCUCAAUACAAAUCAGCGUUUGCUCACUUCUCCCACCUGUUCUGCCGCACCACGCCCCAGCACCUGCCUCCCCGCCUCCCCCACUCUUUCUCAGGACAGCAGCCCGAGUUGGAGUCAGGCCAAAUCACUUCUCUGCUCAGAGCCCUCUCUGAAUAAGAGCCCAAAUGUGACCACGACCUGCCUCUCUCCCUUCCUAACCAACACUCUCCACACCAGCCACUACACCUCCUCACACCCCACACCCACCAGGCACACGCCGGCCCCAGCGCCUUUGCACCUGCUCUUCCACUGCCUAGAAUCAACUUCCCCAGGCACCCAAUGGCUUGAUCCCCACUUUCCUUCAGUUCUCUAUUCAAAGGUCACUUGUCCUUGAUCACCCUGUCUAAAUGCAAAACCCCUCCACUGCUCCUGCAAGUCGGAGCCCCUUUCUUUGCUUACUUAUUUUUUCUUUUGAACAUGUAUCACUCUCUAAUAUAUUUUGUUACUUGUUUAUCUUGUUUACUAUUGGAUUUCUCCCAACCAGAAUAUAAGAAUCAUGAGGACAGGGAUGUUCUCGAUCUCUUGUUCACUGUUGUGCCACCAUCACCUAUACAUGUGGUAGGCACUAUGCAGAUAUUUGACAGAAUAAAUGUAAAACCAAAAUGUUGAUAGUACAGCCACUAAGCAUCAAAGAUCACCUGACUACUCAGGAACACAAUCUGCUGCUGCAGUGGUGACCUGGUUGACUCAGACAUCACAAAGCGUGAAACUAUAGAAACAAUGAUCAAAAAAGUCCAGGAGCCUCAAACUGCCAAUAAGGAAAUUCAACACGCUUAUGUUUUAAAGCAUAAACCUUCCUAGGUGUGAGAGAUGUAAAUAAAGGGUAACCCUGAACCAUGUUAGGUAUCGCACAGAGAGGAUUUAAAUGAAAGACGGGCGCACCGGAAAACACAAGAACGGAAUACCUUGGUAACCCGGUGACAAUAUCCACAGGAAACAGCCAGCUCCCUCCCCUAGGGCCGGGGGACAAGAAAGGGAGAGGGGGCAUAUCCAAUCCAGAUGAGAAGAAGGUCAGGUGGGAGAGCGGGAGUGCGAGGAAAGGGGCUAGAGGACAGAAGCUGGGCAAGUCCUGAGGUCAGCCUGGUCCGACCUCACCCAAACAGAAGGCCAGGAGAGUGCGCUAGUGAGCACUCUGCCUCCACCCCAGGCAGGGUUGACACAUCCCUGCAGAUGUGGCACUGUGACACAUACAAGGCCCAGGGAUGGCCUCCAAGCACCACUCCACAGUGUGUGUGCAGAGAGAGAAAAAGCACAUUCACCCCCACUGCAAUAGUCAAGGGACGAAGAAAAGGGCUCAGCAUCCCUUUAAUUGCUAGCAGAUUCAAAGCUGCAAGCGGGGCCAAGGCUCCCGCACCCUCCAAGGGUGUGCAGUCAGACACUUCCAAGAGUCACCAGCCCACUGCCAACAGAAGCUCAGAAAUCCAGACUUCCUCACACAUCUCUUAAAUGGAACUAGAGAAUGCAAAUCUAACUCAUCCCAGAAACAGUUCAAUACAUGUAAACUGGGGAAUCUGAUAGGGAAUUAUGCAGAGAAGAGCUGGCAUUGCAGCACAGCAGAGCACACACACCUGGCUGCCUUUUGUGUUGAUAGUUCGUAUAUCCAGACAAUCUUUUUAUGCAAAUAAUAAAUCUGCAUGGAAAUAAGGUGCAAUCUGCUCUUACAUUACUGGGAUAUAUAUUUCACUUGGUGAACAAUUUCCCUGGACUUAAAAGGAUCAAAGAAAGGGAAAGGACUUUCCUGGCGCUGCACAACAAAACCUAGGUGUGCUGGGCAGGGACCGGCUAACUGUCCCUCAGAAAACCAAGGACUAGAAUGGAGGCAGGGCUUAUGGUCCCGGCUCUGGUCCCAGGCUCCCCUCUUCACUCUCUCCAGGGGGAGCCAGACUGUCCCCAGCAGAGGCAGCAGCUCCAACAGUUCCAUGUGUGCUGUUAGAAUGCCCUUUACACCCAGCCGCUGGGCCUCACACUCACCACGCACCAGCCCUGCCACCAUCACUCUGACCCCUAUUUCUGAUUUGUGUUCCCCUUGAGGUACUUGGAGGUAGCUAUCAUAUCCCUUCUGAGUCUUUUCUCCACGGUAAUCUCUCGCGUCUUUAACCUUUCUUCACUCUUUGGACACACUGUUGCGUGUCCACACACCUUGUGACCGCAUAACGGACCCAGCACAACUCAGGUGAGAGCAAAAGAGGCGGAGUCAGCGUGUGUGCGGCACAAGUGGAGUUCCUCACACGCCCCUCCCUCCUGCUCCAGGUGAGCUAUUUCCAACCGCGUGGAUGCGAAACCACACCCUCUUUCCACGUCUGGCCCAACCCCUGCCAGAAGCGGCUGAUGCCAUGGUAAGGAUGACAACUGGCAUUUAUGGAGAACCUGCUCUUGUUAGACCCUCUACCAUGCCUUUCAGUCCUCACAAACGUCAGAGACCACAGGUACAAAGCUACAGGUGGGGAGUCCUACGGGGAGCCCGCUGCAACCAGCCUGCCUGGGGUCACGCAGCUCAGACGCCUGACCACAGUGAGGCUCAAGGACUCCAGUGUGUUUAAGCCUCGUUCCAGGAAAGGUCAUUGAAUAAACCGCUGUUCCUUCACGAUGCUUUCCUGAUUUGGGCAUUCAUUUGUUAAAUUUAAAAUAUCAUAACAAACAGCAAAUCCAAAGAAAACUGCUUCGAUGCUUGAAAUAACACCCAACUGUCUGGAGAACAGCUAUGAAUGUGAGGCUCUGGGGAGCAGAGGGAAGCCUGAAGGGCGGGCCUUCUCGCUCAGGGCCCCAACUGGCUGGCUGUGGGAGCCCUUCCAAAGGAUGUGUCAUGAGAACCGAGCUAAUUAUCCACGUAAUUCACACACGGGGGUUGGGGCCAUCGCCAGGGAAAAACAGAGGUUAUCUCAAGACCGCAGCCAGACAGCAGGCUGGGGAGACUCGGACGGGCCACCCUCUGGUUCAGUAACUUGGCCCCCGGCUUUCAGGGGGUCUCCGCUUAGAGCAGGAUUGAAGGAAGGCUGCUGGGCCACUGUCCCCAUGCGCGGAGCUACAGCUUGGCCUCCAAAAGAAAGCUCGGGCAGAGCCGUAGGAAAAGGGAAGCCACCGCGGUUUCUGAAAACAAGAAUUCCCGCGAGCCAGGACGGUCACAAGGCCGGGGAGGAGGCGGCGCAGCUGAUCAAACUCGAAUAUGGGGACCAGCCCUGGCGGGGGUGCGGGGGGGCCCUGGCUGUCCGCGGCAGCCGCGGGCGGGGCGGCCCCUCCGAGGAGGGACGGAAGGGCUGCGUGGCACCUCGCGCUCGAAGACCAGGGGCGCGCCCUCCGCGGGGAGAACUCAGGGGCGGCUGCCAGACCCGACGCGACCCCCGGCUAGGACCCUGCAGUUAACUGCUCCCAGACGCUUUCCCAGUGGCCCGCCCGCCCGCCCGCGGGCCCUCGGGAGGUACCGGGCAGGGGCUGGGCCGGGCUGACCCUGGGAGCCGCUCAGCCCCUGGCGCCCCCGCCCUCCUCGGAAGUGACUCGUCCUCGGGAGAGUCCGGCGCCCGCCCUGCCGGCCUCGGCCCCUUUCCCGCCCCAUUUGGCUCCUCCGCCGGGGGCGCCCCCAGGCCGGGCAGGCCGGCUCCCCGUCCCCCUAACCCCGCCGCCCGGGCACCCCUCGUCUGCGGGCGCGGGGUCCAAGUGUGCCCUGUCCAGGGUGGGCAGGAGGGAGAAGUCGCAAUCUCGGUUGAAGUCUCUCCCCGCCUCCUUCGUGCACUUCAAGGUAGCCUCGGCCCCGCGCCCCUCCCGCGUCCCCGGCC